AUGACGCUUUAUAUGUUAGGGGGAGAAUGGACGAGAUACGAAACGCAAUUGGAACUUAUAUGUGAAGUUUUGCUAUAUCGCGUAAUGAAGGAAGAACGUGAGAGACUAACUCCGCGUAAAAGAAAAUUUCGAAGUAUCAACGAUACGUGCGAUUAUCAGCUAGUACAAAGACAGCGCGUGAACUUAGCCCACUUUAAUGGCCAGAAUAUGGGUGAGCGUGUAUCGUUGACCUUUCCGGAAAAUGAUUUCGAUCACGCUGGCGACAAUAUUGAAGAUCUUAUCCUUAGCGUUUGCGUAUAUGCAGAAGACUGUAAGACAUGGCCUCCAACGAUGAGCAACGUAGUUGACGUCGAUGGAGGACGUGGCAAGCAGUAUAAUGUAGUGCGCGAGAUGUUGAAUGGGAUGGAUCGUGACAGAAUGUUAUGGGUUCAGAUGAGUUUAUUGGACGAUGGGGAAUGGAUCAACGAUGGGGUAUAUGAAUGGAACAUGAUGAUGACAGAAGGCCAUCAUAUGGCUGUCCCUUCAUCGUGGAAGAUGGACGUUUCGUUGGAAUGGGAUGUCAAUUGUCAUUCCAAUCUUCGACCUGUCGAAGAGAGUUUACCGUUAACAUAUUGGUAUGAUGUUAAGGGUCCGGAAUUCACCGUUACAUAUAACUACCGCGUUGCUGAUUGCGAGCAAAGUGCAAAAUACAGAGGGUAUCGUUGUCCAUGGUGUACUGGCUAUGACUUUUAUAACGUAACCUGUCUGUUAUCUCAUCUCCGUAAUGCACACGUACAUUUGAAAUUUACUUGCAAGAUACCAAAACAACCACCUCCUACGGAUAUAAAUUGUCUGGUUACUUACAAUGAAGACAAUUGUGAAUCCGAUUAUUUUCUUGUGGAUGAUAAAGAUCGGUUACUUGUUCCAAAACCAUUUGAAUACCCGUUAAUACAAUAUAGUGCGCCGCGAGUUGAACUGCCUCUGAACAACUGUUAUCAUUCAC